CUUAGUGUAUAUGUUUGCAAAUAUUAAAUCAAACAUUACAUUUUCUCGAGACCAUUUCCCAGUGAUCUUUAAGCUCCCAUAAAUUUCUUUCUCAAUAUCCAUGAUUAAGCUGCAAUAUAAAAUAUUUGACUGCUGAAGGUUGGUGGCGUAACCAAUAAGCGGCGGGGAUGAGAUCCAGGAUUCGCAUCCUGCGCACGUUACCUUUGAUUCAUCCGACAACCAUCACAGCUGCGAUUCCAUCCAAGAAUCAAAGCUGAUUCUACAUCCCAGCACAUAAAUCAUAUCCACGAUGGCUGAUUCUGAAGCCAAAACUGGUCCUGAUACAGCUACCCCGCGGAGAAAGCGGGUCAGAGUUCAGUUUUCGUGCACUGCUUGUAGAGCCAGAAAAUUAAAAUGCUGCCGCACACAUCCCUGCAGCAACUGCCAGAAAAGAGGCGAAGAUCACCUUUGUACCUACGUCGGUCCAGGACCACGUAGAAGGCCCGCGCAAAGUCAAUCCACCUCGACCCAGGUGCAAGAUCGUCUGCAGCAUCUAGAGAACCUAGUAAAAUCUCUAGCUCAACAGAAGAAAGCAGAAGAUGGACAGCCAAGUAGCCAGACGCAGAAUGCGCCGCCCGCGAGGGUGGACGAUAACGGCCAAACCUCUCUGGAGACACCUGAGUCGAGACAUGAAUCUGGCGGAGAGUCCCCUCCUGACUCGCAUGGUAAAUUGAUUGUGAAUGAUACUGGGACGAGCUAUAUUGAUGGUGCUCAUUGGCGGGCUAUACUCGCCGAGAUAGAUGAGGUGAAAAUGUCCGUUGAAGGAGAUGAUGCUGUGGAUGAAGAGGAAAGUACUGAUAAUCCUGCUCAAUCAACAUCUCAAACACUUCUGCUUGGACUGAAAGAAGUAUUGAGCAAGGAAGAUCUGUUGGCAGACAUCCCUCCGCGGAAUGUGACUGAUAGAAUUGUAUCCAAAUUUCUCCAAACAACAGAGCCUGUUUUAAUCGUCAUUCAUAUUCCAACCUUUCAGAAAGAGUACAAUGAAUUCUGGACUAAUCCAAAAGACGUCCCACUUGCCUGGCUGGCACUGCUAUAUGCGAUAAUUACCAUGGCAAUUUCCUUCCAGAUACGAAUGAAUGAACCGCUUCCAAGUCAUUUUGGAGACCCCCUCCACGCCCUGGACGUGUUUUACAAACGAACUGCUCACUGUCUGAUCCUUUCAAACUACACUACCCCGGGACGAUAUAAAGUGGAGGCACUAUUUUUACACGGGGUGAGUGAGUUUUAUGGUAGUAAUGACGCCCAGCUCGGGGUUUCCUUUCUCCUAGGGAUUACUAUUAGACUUGCCAUGGCCAUGGGAUACCACCGUGACCCGCGUCACUAUCCCAAUAUCUCAGCCUUUGAAGGAGAAAUGCGACGGCGCCAAUGGGCUAUAUUGUGCCAGCUAGACGCCUUGAUAUCGUUUCAGAUUGGAAUCCCCAAGACCAUACAAGGCUGGCAAUGUGACACUGAACCACCUCACAAUAUCCUGGAUGAAGAUUUCGAUGAGAACUCUCAAAAUCUACCCCCAGAACGCCCGGACACACAACGGACACCGUCGUCAUACGCGAUAACCAAGUCCAGAAUCAUGAAUGUUUUUGGGAGGAUAUCUGAUCUUGCAUUCUCUCGAGAGCCAGUCACAUAUGAAGAAACUAUGGAGAUAGAUCAACGGCUCGAAGAAGCCUACCGGCUCAUACCUCCCUUCUUCAAGAUGCGUUCUAUGGAGCAAUCUAUCGCAGACCCUUCGGAGCUGAUUCUCCGGCGAUAUACUGGAGAGCUUCUUUAUCAGAAAUCCCGUUGUGUCUUACACCGGAGGUAUCUGGCUGAAGCUCGCUCAAACCCACGAUACGCAUAUUCUCGAUCGGCAUGCAUCAACGCAGCAAAGGAGAUUCUCCGCCACCAGGCAGAUUUAUAUCAAGAAUCUCAACCGGGAGGUCAGCUUUAUAGAGAACGGCAGCUUGUUAGCUCGCUUCAGAAUGCCGAUUUUCUUCUUGGGGCUAUGAUUAUCUGUUUGGAGUUGUCAUAUGACUAUUCCGCAAAGCAAAAUAAUAGCUCAGGAAGUGGUGCAGCAGGUAUCGUCGAAGGCCGUGAGGAUCUUCUGGCUAGCUUGGAAACAUCUCAUCGUAUCUUUGUGCAAACAAGUCGGUUUUCAUCAGAUUGUCAAAAAGGACAGGUUGCUUUGAAAAUCAUGCUUCGUAGAGUUAGAGGGUACACUGAUGAUGGGUCUUCAAACGAGCAAACCACCUCGUUCAGUGACCAAAUCCCAACAUUUGAUCCUGCUCAAACGCUGGAUUACUCGGAUAUAUGGAAUGGAGCAUCAACCGAGGCAUACGAUCAGAUGUAUACAAUGGAUCCUUUCUUUGGAUCGCUGGACGUGAUUGAUGAGAUGCUCGAUGCACCGGCGGAAUUUGACUGGGGUCUUUUCGAUCGUCAAAUGAAUUGAGCAGAUACGAGUAAAUAGUUCAUCUGCUAUAUACCCAUUAUGGAUGUUAUUUUGAACAUAUACAGUGACUACCAUCAUAGAAGAAUAUAAUAGAAAUAUUAAAAAUAGUAUAUAAUCUUAUCCAAG